AGAAAUAUUUUGACGAGUACGUGGUGACAUUCAGACGUCAAAUAAAUAUACACGACCGGGUUUCUGACAUGAAGAGCUUUCCGACUAGUCCUGGGUGGAUUAUUAAAGGUUUCUGACGGUCAGGGCUUUAUCUAAAGACGAAGCGUACAGUGCUGAAGUUACAGCUACGAAGAGCAAGAGGCCGCUUGGAUCCCUCCGAAAAUACGUCGUCAGCGGGGGUACAAAGCUAAUGAGAAUGAGUUCCAUGGGCAGCUGCUGAGCCAGAGGUGGACAAGAGGGGACCGAAUCAGCAGCUGGGAGAGCAAAAGGGGCAGGAGAAUCAAAAUGAGCCAAGAGCCAGAGGAGAAACGGACACGGACACGCUCAAAAGGCAUCCGAGUUCCGCUAGAGCUUGUGGGACAAGAAUACAGUUGUCCCACUCCAGGGUGUGAUGGUCUGGGUCACGUCAGCGGAAAAUAUGCUCGACAUAGAAGUGUACUGGGUUGCCCAUUGGCCAAGAAAAGAAAACUCCAGGAGGCAGAAGAGAACCAGUCAGCCUCUAAGAAAAAGCCCAAUGCCCUGAAGCUCGCAAUGGAUGAUGGGUUCAAUGCAGACAGUGACACAAACAGUGAGACUGAACCAAAGGAUGAAGCAGCAGAGUCUGAUGAGGACUCAGCAGAGAAAGAGGAUGAGCCUAAGAAGGAGCAUAACUCUGAGGAAUGUUCACAAGAGGAAACAGAAGAUACAAACGCAGUGGUUGAAGACAUUCCUACUCCAGCACCUGCGGAGGAAACUAAAAAAGAACAGGUUGAGACUGAAACCACACCUAUCCAACAAGUCACCGUGGAGACGGAGAGUGAGGAGGGGCUGCAGGUUGCUGCUGAGAUCCAAGCUGGGGAGGAAGAGGAGGCUGAAGUAGAAGAAGACAUGACGGAAGAAGAGAGAAUGACUCAACACCUAAAAGCUAGCGAUGAGCCUUUGCAGAUAGCUGAGGAAGAUGUAGAUGAAGAUGAGGACCAGGAUGAGGAAGAUGAGUCGCAAUGCUUGAGUCAGAAGAACAACUCAGACCACCAGUAUUUCAGUGGAGACUUCAACAAACUCCAGGUAAAAGAAACUGAGGAAAAGGCAAACAGUCAGGAGGAAGAGGCUGAUGAGGAAGAGGAGGAAGAGGAGCAGGCCCAUGAGGAACCUGUACAUUCCCCUAAUGCCCUGGCCACCAGCUCUCCAGUUCAGGUAUUAGGACCGGAAACCAUGACAACAAGCAGUGAAAAGCCAGACACUCUCUUAUCUGAGGAGGAGGAAGAAGAAGAAGAGGAGGAGGAUGAAGAUGAAGAAGAGGAACGAGAGGAAGCGCCCUGCAAAGCCUCACCCACAGUGGUCAUAGAGCUGAAUUCCGAAGAGGAAGAUGAGGAAGAGGAUGAGGACGAAGAAGAAGAGGAGGUAGACAGCGUGUCCCACAGGUCGGAAGUGACAGAUGAGUCUGAGACGUACGACAUGACACGGGGGAACCUGGGCCUGCUGGAGCAGGCUAUUGCCCUGAAGGCCGAGCAGACAGCACGCAGCUCAGAGGAGAGCUGUUCCCCGGACCAGCACAGCUACCACAGCCCAGACGAGAAGAACAGCAAAGACGCAGCACGCAGGGGAUACUAUGGUAAAGAAGGGGCCAGAUCAGAGAAGAAAGAAGUGAAGUGUCCCACACCAGGGUGCGAUGGAACAGGUCACGUGACUGGACUGUACCCUCACCACCGGAGCCUUUCCGGGUGCCCGCAUAAGGACAGGGUCCCACCUGAAAUCUUGGCCAUGCAUGAGAAUGUGCUGAAAUGUCCAACACCUGGAUGCAAUGGUCAAGGCCAUGUUAACAGCAACCGCAACACACAUCGCAGUUUAUCUGGCUGCCCAAUUGCUGCUGCAGGGAAACACACAAAGAACUAUGAGAAGCCACCUCAGGCCCAGGCCUCAGUUAGUGAGCAGACAGUUGGGGGUUCCAACUCAGACAGAGUACUCAGGCCCAUGUGCUUUGUCAAGCAAUUGGAGAUUCCUCAGUACGGUAGCUACAGGCCCAAUGUGGUGCCAGCCACCCCACGAGCCAACCUGGCUAAGGAGCUUGAGAAGUACUCCAAGGUGUCCUUUGACUAUGCAAGCUUUGACGUGCAGGUGUUUGGCAAGCGCAUGCUCGCCCCAAAGAUGCCUACCAGCGAAACCUCACCAAAAGCCUUCAAAUCAAAACCAUUCCCCAAAGCUUCUUCCCCAAGCCAGAGCCUAUCUGGAGGCUAUGCCAAGAGCAGCUCCUCGUCCACGUCCAGUGGGUAUGAUUAUUCCCACGAUGCCGAGGCUGCACACAUGGCUGCCACCGCCAUCCUGAACCUGUCCACGCGCUGCUGGGAGAGACCGGAGAACCUCAGCACCAAGCUUCAGGACCAGGCCACCAAGGAAUCAGAUAUCGAGGUUGAUGAGAAUGGCACACUGGACCUUAGCAUGAAAAAACCCAAGAGGGAAGGUGUGAGGUCACCUGACCCCUCUUCCUCAUCUUCAUCUUCUUCACAACAGCAUGGCGUCACCUCGCCUCAUUCUAGCCACGCCUACAAAACAGAGGAGUGGGAGGGGCCUCUUGACUAUACCAAGACAAACCGACAGAAAGAGGAGGAGCCUGAGGAGGUGGAUUACACCACACGGUCCUAUGCCUCUUCUGAUGGGGAAGAUGAAGAUGUCUCACAAGAGAAUCUGGAGGAUAGAAAGUACCCUGGUGAGGUCACAACUUCCAGCUUCAAGGUCAAGCUCCCAUCCAAGGACAGCAAGAAAGAACUCCUGCUAUGUCCCACUCCAGGAUGUGAUGGCAGUGGUCACAUAACAGGAAACUAUGCAUCUCAUCGCAGUCUCUCUGGGUGUCCUCUUGCUGAUAAAAGUCUUCGGACCCUCAUGGCUGCCCACACUGGUGAACUCAAAUGUCCCACACCAGGAUGUGAUGGAUCAGGACACAUCACUGGAAACUACGCCUCCCAUCGAAGUUUGUCUGGUUGUCCUCGUGCCAAGAAGGGGGGAGUGAAAACAACCCCCACCAAGGACGACAAGGAAGAUUCAGAGCUGAUUAAGUGCCCAGUGCCUGGCUGUGACAGUCUGGGUCAUAUCAGUGGGAAGUACGCCACCCACCGCAGUGCAUAUGGAUGUCCAUUGGCUGCGCGUAGGCAGAAGGAAGGUCUUUUGAAUGGCACGCCUUUCUCCUGGAAGUCCUUCAAGACGGAGGGUCCCACAUGCCCCACCCCGGGGUGUGACGGCUCAGGCCAUGCUAAUGGUAGCUUCCUCACCCACCGCAGCCUCUCAGGUUGUCCUAGAGCUUCUGCUAACAAGAAAAGAGCAAGGCUCCCUGGAGAUGAUUACGUGAGCAAGAAAUUCAGGGCAAGCGAUGUUCUUGAUAAUGACGAAGACAUAAAGCAGCUGAAUAAAGAGAUCUGUGAUCUCAGUGAGUCCAACUCUGAGAUGGAGGCAGAUGUAGCCAACUUACACACACAGAUCUCAUCGAUGGAGAAUAAUCUGAAGAGCAUGGAGGAGGAAAAUAAACUAAUUGAAGAGAAAAAUGAGGCUCUGUUCCUGGAGUUGUCUGGCUUGAGCCAGGCACUUAUUCGCAGCUUGGCCAACAUCCGACUCCCGCAGAUGCAGGAGCCCAUCAGUGAGCAGAAUUUCGAUACAUAUGUGGACACUCUGACCCACAUGUUCACCAACAGAGAGUGCUAUCAGAACCCUGCAAACCGGGCCCUGCUGGAGUCCAUCAACCAGGCGGUCAAAGGCAUUGAGGUGUAAACACAAGAGCAUACAGCAAAAAAAAAACACAAAGGGAGGGGGGUGUCAAAUAGACAGUGGAAAAGAGUGUGACAACCGUUAGACACUGUGGGUUGUUAAACAGACCAAUACUUAUGUACUGUUAAAGGACAUUCAGGUUUUGUAUAUGACAGAUGAAGACCAGUGCAAGGUCCAGUGGAGAAAAGGACCAAAAAAAAAAAAUCCAGAUCUGCUGCUUUAGCAUUUUGAUUACAAAAAAAAAAAAAAACCCAAAAUGACCCAAAAUGAUACUGGGCACAGACCUUUGGCUUAUUUUUGAUCACCUAAACAGUUCACACCUGUCCCGAUCUGCCUUUCUUACUCUUCUCAGCGAAUAGAGGUUGUCAUGAACAAGCUGUGAGACUGAUGCGUGUGUGUGUGUGUGUGUGUGUGUGUGUGUGUGUGUGUGUGUGUGUGUGUGUGUGUGAGUGAGUGAGUGAAUGAAUGUAUGUUUGAUAUUCAGUGUCUGAAAGUACUUUACGAAUUCUUGACGCCCCCUUUAUGAAUCUUGGUUAGAAUGCAGCACUGCUAUUGUUUGUACCCUGUGUGAUGAUGUUGUCUCACAUUUGGUGAAUAUUUGUUCCAGUCCCAUUUAGAAAUGGUCAUAGUAUUUGAAAACAUAGAUAUUGCACUUCCAAAUAGUUUGUAGUUUCAUUAUCAUAUUGUUAUUAUAAUUAUUACUAUUUAAAUUGGUUCCUUGAUAUGUAAGUUUAAUUUAUUAUUUAUUCAUGUCUUGGUGUUCAUUUUCUUUAUUUAUUCAUCAGUGUCUAUUUAAUAACAUAUUUAUUUUACACAACUAAAUUCUAUAAGCAGCUUUUUAACAGUCAAUAUAAGGAGAAUAGUUGCCCUCUGUGCUGAGAAAGGUGGCAAUAUUUUAAAAUAUCCACAGCAAGUGUUUUAUAACCUUCCUAUUUAUUUUAAAGACAGGGAUUUUUAAUCUCUUUUUUAAGUGCAAAUAUUUUCUAUCAAUUUUUAUAUUAUUUUCUAAUAUUCUCAUUUAUUUAAUGAGUUUUGUUUUCCAUAAAAGUAUUUUGACACCCUCCACAGUGAAGUGGGUUGAACAGAUACAGUAUGAUGUAUUUAUUAUUAUUUAUUUAAUAUUUAAGUACAAAUUGAAUGGAGAUCUUGUUGCAAUAUUUAUUUUGUAAAUGUAUCCGUGUUAGUGACUGCUGCAUAUGGAUAGACUUUGCCCAUCUG